CCAUGGGAGAUUCGAAUAAGUUGGAGACAUGGGGCAACGAAACCAAUAUGAACUUCAACCCCAUUAUCUAUCAAAACAUUUUGGCAUCGCCGUACUUCAAGAGCUUAUACGACAAAAAAACCUAUCAUGAAAUCGUGGACGAAAUUUAUAAUGAAGUGUACAAUCUGGAACCCUUUGUGAAGGGAACUACUGCAUCAACCGCGUUUUGCUUGCUGUUCAAAUUAUGGACCCAGCGCUUGACUGUUAAACAGUUGGAGGGGUUGAUUGACCACACAGAUUCUCCGUACAUUCGUGGGGUUGGAUUCCUCUACCUCAGAUAUGUCUGUGCACCAAAACAACUAUGGGAUUGGCUAGGACCAUACAUUGACGAUGAAGAAGAGAUCGAUAUGACUCAUGGAACUAAACCGACCAAGAGUACCAUUGGCAAAUUGUGCAGACAUCUCCUCACCGACAUCAAAUUCUACGGCACAAUGUUACCUCGCAUACCAGUUCCUAUUGCAAGAGAUAUCGAAAAGAAAAUAGCCGAUUAUGAUCGUGAGAGUAAGGGUCGUGGUGGAGGAAAAGGUUCCGAUGAUAGACGAAGUUCUGGGAGAGAGCGAAGCACCAGUCGUGACGGAUAUAGACGUCGUGAUGACAGCCGCGGCUCUAAGUAUGAAAAAAAUCGACGUAGAUCCCGCAGCCGUAGCCCAUACAGUCGUGAAAGAUCCCGCCACAACAGUCGCGACGGUAGCAGACACGAUAGCCGAGACCGCCAUCGGGAACGAAGAGAUAGAAGUGCGAGCCCUCGCGACGAGUUCGAUGACUACCAGAAACGUAGUAAACAAGACGAUGAGCGCCGGCGAGACAGAUACAGCGAUCGUUCGCGAGAUCGAUCUUACGAUAGAAGCUAUAGGAGAAGAUCACGUUCAAGGGAUUACGAUCGCCGACGUUGAGCUUUUUACCUUGUCAAUAACGUGGUUAAAUUUCUCAAUUGACCACUGAUAGCUCCUGAUGAGCCUUAGUAGCCAAGAUAUGGAUGCUUUUGUAUAAUAAAAACACACUUCCAAAUUGAAAACAUG